AACCCAGAGCAGGACCAGGAACAGGAACAGGACAACAUGGCUGCUUCUCAUGGACCGCUCACCUUCAGGGAUGUGGCCGUAUAUUUCUCUCAAGAGGAGUGGGAAUGCCUGGAUCCAGCUCAGCAGAAAUUGUAUGUGGAUGUGAUGUUGGAAAACUACAGGAAUCUGGUCUCCCUGGGUCUUGCUGCCUCUAAGCCAGUUCUGGUUGACUUUUUGGAGGAAAUGAAGGAGUCCUGGGAUGUGAAGGGAAUAAAGACAAUAUCCAUCCACCCAGCCAUGUCACCUGAAGACAAUCAGGAUUUAUUGAAAAAGUCAGGAAUAGAUGAUUUGUUCUCUAAAAUAAUACUGAGUACAUAUAAUGGAGACAGAAGAAUACCUUACAAAUGUAAAGCAUGUGACAAAGGCUUUAAAUGGCAUUCAUGUCUUACUAUUCAUGAGAGAAUUCAUACUGGGGAGAAACUUUACAAAUGCAGGGAAUGUAGCAAAGGCUUUAAUCAGCUCUCAUAUCUUACCCAACAUGAGAGAAUUCAUACUGGAGAGAAGUCUUAUAAGUGUAGAGAAUGUGGCAAAGCCUUUAGACAGUCCUCAAGUCUUAUCAAUCAUCAGAGAACUCAUACUGGGGAGAAACCAUACAAAUGUAAAGAAUGUGGCAAAGCCUUUAGCCAGUCCUCAACUCUUGCUAAACAUCAGAGAACUCGUAAUUGAGAGAAACCUUAUGAAUAUAGAGAAUGUGUCACAGCCUUUCACUGGCCCUCAGACCUUACUGAACAUCAUAGAAUUUAUACUCAAAAGAAGCCUAAUGAAUUUAGAAAAUGUGACAAAGCAUUUAACCAGUGUUAAAACUUGAUUGGACAUCAGAAAAUUCAUAUUGGAGAGAAGUUUUAUAGAUGUAAGGAGUUGGUAAACCUUUUGGCAGCACUCAAAACUUACUCAACAUCAAAAAUCUAUACUGAAGAGAAAUUUUAG